ACAACAGUAAGCUCACAGUUGGGCAGAGCCUGUGGUGAGCAAGCGCUCCGAUUGGUUGCCGCGUUGUGUUUCACCGCGUCAUGCGGGCAGGAUGGAUGUGAAAGAACGCAGGCCCUACUGCUCAUUGACUAAGAGCAGGAGAGAGAAAGAGCGCCGCUACACGGGCUCAUCGGGCGACAGCGAGGACUGCCGCGUGCCCACCCAGAAGUCCUACAGCUCCAGCGAGACGCUCAAGGCCUUCGACCACGACUCCUCACGCCUGCUUUACGGAGGCCACGUCAAAGAGAUGGUCCACCGAGAGGCAGACGAGUAUAGCCGCCAAGGACAAAACUUCAACCUGAGGCAGCUGGGAAUAUGUGAACCAGCCACACGUCGUGGCUUGGCCUUCUGUGCAGAGAUGGGCCUCCCCCACCGUGGCUACUCCGUUGGCGCAGGCUCAGAUGUGGACACUGAGAAUGAGGGGGUGAUGUCACCGGAACGUGCCAUGCGCCUCUGGGGCAGGGGUGUGAAAUCUGGCCGCAACUCCUGCUUGUCCAGCCGCUCGAACUCAGCCCUGACCCUGACUGACACCGAGCAUGAGAACAAAUCAGACAGUGAGAACGCACAAGAGUGUAGUCCACUCAGAGUGGCGUACGACCCUUCUUGCCCCACUCAUUUGCACCCCCCAGACUGGACAGAUUACAAGCAGACCCUGCUAGAAGCUCUAAGCCAGCCCUGGACACUGAUAAAAGAUCCAUUUGUUUCAUUUCUGUCCAGUGGUGGUGUGUAUGACUCUGGUCAUUCCAUCAGAGCUGACCAGAUCCAGUUUUGGACCCAGAACAAGCCCCUGAUGUCCCAGGACCAGAAACCUGCCUUGUUGCCCCUGGCCUGGCAUUCUGGCUCACACAGAGGAGUAGAUUUCCCUCCAUGCUCCCAAAUCGCCCUCUCAAUUCAAACAUCGAGUUUCCAGACUGAGAACUUCAGCAAAAAGCAAAGCCGUGCCCUUUCGGUGUUCGCAGAGGAGGCUGAUGAUGUCAGCACUGGAGGGGACGUCUGA